AUGGUCAGCUCCUGUUGUGGCUCUAUCUGCUCUGAGGAGGGCUGUGGCCAAGGCUGCUGCCAGCCCAGCUGCUGCCAGACCACCUGCUGUAGGACCACCUGCUGCCGCCCCAGCUGCUGUGUGUCCAGCUGCUGCAGACCCAGCUGCUGUGUGUCCAGCUGCUGCAGACCCAGCUGCUGUGUGUCCAGCUGCUGCAGACCCCAGUGCUGCCAGUCUGUGUGCUGCCAACCCACCUGCUGCCGCCCCAGCUGCUGCAUUUCCAGCUGCUGCCAACCCUGUUGUGGCUCUAGCUGCUGUGGCUCCAGCUGCUGCCGCCCCUGCUGCCGCCCCUGCUGCUGUCUGAGACCAGUCUGUGGUCAGGUCUGCUGCCAAACCAGUUGCUACCGCCCCACCUGUGUCAUCUCCACCUGUCCCCGCCCCAUGUGCUGUGCCACCCCCUGCUGCUGA